UUUGGAGGUAAUAUGGUGAGGGAGCAAUGGGGUAAGAUGGCCGGGAGGGAGAAAGAAUUAGAUCGCGGGGAUCCGAGAACAGAGGCUUCUGAGACGACCCUCGUGUCUAUUCAAGGGGACGGAUAGGUGCUGGAAAGAUUCCUAGGCCUCGCUGUAACAAGCCAAAGUUGCUUAUCCAUCAAAAUGAAUUGUAUUACCAAAAUUCUCAUAUGUCCAGAGAAGGUGGUAGCCUUAAAGGGGCAGAACCCAUUUGAAUAACUCAAAGAGCCUUUUCACAUCUUCUGAACUGACUGUUGUGAUUGGAGAUAAUGAGGAUAUCCAUAUCCCACAUUAGAAAGUGAGUAUCCCUACCUAGUAGGGCCUACAGGUCUCAGUCCUCCAUGGCGUCUGGGGCUGGGCAGGCAGAGGCCGACGAUGGGGCAGCAUGGUCGUCAUCAGGCCUGGCCAAGCCUCUUCACCUUCAGCACCUGGAGAGAUCCCUACGCCUUGACAGCUUCCUUCGCCAGACCGCCUCAGUCUUCAACAGAGACCUAUCCAGUGAUGACAGCGACGAUGGCGGAUCAGGGGAGGGGCCUUCUCUGGGGCCGGUCAAUCAACACGCAGCCUUGGCGAUAAAAGAGGAGUCAUGUGACCUGGAUGAGGAGGGGCUUGUUACCGAGGGCACCACCCUCAACGGAACUCCAUCACAAGAACACAAGGAAGACAAAGCCAGUCUAUACAACUUCUCCAAACUGAAGAAGAGCAGGAAAUGGCUCAAGAGUAUCUUGUUGAGUGACGACACCAGUGAGUCAGACACAGAGGACUCGGACUUCAGUCUGUCCAGAGAAGAGCUACAGGACAUGCUCAGACUGCACCAGUUCACAAGGGAGCACCAGAACAAGUUCCACAACGACAGAGAGCUGCAGCAGUACCAGUACUAUAGUACGGGACUGCUCUCCUCCCAGGACUCUUUCUAUGAACAACAGCGCCACCUGCUGGGCCCCAAGAAGAAGAAGAUCAAGGAGGAGAAGAAAUUCAAGGGCAAGUUAAAGAAGGGCAAGAGGAAAAAGAAGAGAGGGGAGGGAGAGUUCUCAGGCGAGGGGCGGCCGCAUGUCACCAAGAUCUUCGCCAAGUUUUCCCAUGACGCCCCUCUUCCCAUGUUGAAGAAGAAACACCUGACCGUAGAGCAGCUGAACGCACGACGACGCAAAGUCUGGCUCACCAUCGCCAAGAAGGAGUGCCCCAAGGCGUUCAAGCAAAAAGCAUCAGCCAAGAACUUUGUCCUUACAAAUGCCAAAAAGCUGGCCCACCAGUGUAUGCGUGAGGUGCGAAGAGCAGCCAUCCAAGCCCAGAAGAACUGUAAAGAAACCCUUCCCCGGGCCAGGAGGCUGACCAAGGAGAUGACGCUUUACUGGAAGAAAUACGAGAAGGUGGAGAAGGAACACAGGAAGAGAGCCGAGAAGGAGGCUCUGGAGCAACGCAAACUGGACGAGGAGAUGAGAGAGGCGAAGCGUCAGCAGCGUAAACUGAACUUCCUGAUCACCCAGACAGAGCUGUACGCCCAUUUCAUGGGGGGCAAGGGUCCUGGGGAGGAGGAUGGGGGAGAGGAGGACAUUCUCAACAAACUGGACGACACCAACUCUCACAGGCAGAUGACCAUCGGGGGAGGGUUGGCGGUCAGCGUUGGACAGGAGGACUACGGUAAUGAUAGUGAAUACUACAAGUCUCAGGCCUUGAGGAACGCUAAAGAAGCCUACGAGAUACACCAGGCCAGAACGCGUCUCUUUGACGAGGAGGCUAAGGACAGUCGCUGUGCCUCCCUGCACCAGGCCAGUGGGGGGUCAGGGUCAGGGUUCGGGGAGAGCUACAGCCUGUCUAACCCUUCUAUCCAGGCCGGAGACGACAUCCCCCAGCCAACCAUCUUCAACGGGAAAUUGAAGGGUUACCAGCUGAAAGGCAUGAACUGGCUGGCUAACCUCUAUGAACAGGGCAUCAAUGGUAUCCUAGCAGAUGAGAUGGGUCUGGGGAAGACUGUUCAGAGCAUCGCUCUGCUGGGUCACCUGGCUGAGCGUGACAACAUCUGGGGUCCGUUCCUCAUCAUCUCUCCUGCCUCCACACUGAAUAACUGGCACCAGGAGUUUACACGCUUUGUCCCCAAAUUCAAGGUUCUGCCGUACUGGGGGAACCCUCACGACCGCAAAGUGAUCAGGAAGUUCUGGAGCCAAAAAACCUUGUAUACCCAGAAUGCUCCGUUCCACGUGGUGAUCACCAGUUACCAGCUGGUCGUUCAGGAUGUCAAGUACUUCCAGAGGGUCAAGUGGCAGUACAUGGUUCUAGAUGAAGCGCAGGCCCUAAAGAGCAGUACCAGUGUUCGUUGGAAGAUAUUGCUGCAGUUUCAGUGUAGAAACAGACUGCUGCUCACAGGAACGCCCAUACAGAACACUAUGGCAGAGUUGUGGGCUCUGCUCCAUUUCAUCAUGCCUACACUGUUUGACUCUCACGAAGAGUUUAAUGAAUGGUUCUCUAAAGACAUCGAGAGCCACGCAGAGAACAAGUCUGCCAUCGACGAGAAUCAGCUGUCCAGGCUCCAUAUGAUCCUGAAACCCUUCAUGUUGAGGAGGAUCAAGAAGGACGUCGAGAACGAGCUCUCUGACAAGAUUGAAAUCCUGACAUACUGCCAGUUGACGUGCAGACAGAGGCUGCUCUACAGAGCUCUGAGGAACAAGAUCUCCAUCGAGGACCUUCUCCAGUCGUCCAUGGGUUCAUCACAGCAGGCUCACACUACUACCUCAUCCCUUAUGAACCUGGUCAUGCAGUUCAGAAAGGUCUGUAACCACCCUGACCUGUUUGAACGUCAGGAGACUCGUUCUCCCUUCCAUAUGUCGCUGAGACCCUACGUCAUGUCCAAGUUCCUCUACCGCCACGGACUCACACACACCACCACACACACACACAGCAGGAACAAGCUGCUCCAGGUUCUACUGUCUCCCUUCUCUCCUGAUCAUAUCCAGCAGUCCCUCUUCCACAGGAAAGGUGAUCAUGAAGGAAGUUGUUUCUCCUUCCUGCGUUUCAUCGACGUUUCGCCGGCAGAGAUGUUCAACGUCAUGCUGCAUGGCACUCUGGUCAGGUGGUUAGCUCUUUUUCUUUCCCUGAAGGCAGCAUACCGGCUCUACCAGAGACGCAUGUGGGGCCUGGAAGAGGAGGAGGAGGGUGGAGAGGAGGAAGGAGGGAGGGUUGGAGGAGGAGAGGAGGAAGGGAGCGGGAGGCCCAGGAGUCAGUGUCUCUCUCGGAGGGGUCUGAUCCUCUGGCUGGACCGACCUACUGCUUUCCCCAACACACGCACAAGCACAGUGUUACAGAACCUGGUAUUCACCCGUCACAGCCCAGGUCUGAUGGGUCACUGUGAUGUUCUGGUCCACAGUCGAUGCUCUGCCAACUCCACCACCCUACGACCGGGCCAACCCACACAACCACCCAAGUUCCUGCUCACCGCUGUGCCAAGGGUAACGGCGGUUCCCAUGGAGCGGUACUGUGAUGACCGCAGCGCCGAGUACGAGUGGCAGGAGACGAGGGCCGGGGGGGGCGUGGCCGCCAAGCAGUGCUUCCUGUACGGCUCCCCUGAUCUGGCCUCUGAUUGGAUGUCCCGAGCCAACACUUUCUACCCACGAUGCCCUGGGGGAGUGAUGGCACUCUACCCCCGGCAUGGCUGGUCCUACAUCAGAAUACCAGACAAGGAGACCCUGAUCACUGACAGUGGGAAGCUGCACACUCUGGAUCUGCUGCUGUGUCGCCUCAAGACUCAGGGACACCGCGUCCUCAUCUACUCCCAGAUGACUCGCAUGAUAGACCUGCUGGAGGAGUACAUGGUGUAUCGUAAACACACCUACAUGCGUCUGGACGGCUCCUCCAAGAUCUCAGAACGCAGAGACAUGGUGGCAGACUUCCAGAGCCGGACUGACAUCUUUGUGUUCCUCCUGAGUACGAGGGCUGGAGGUCUGGGCAUCAACCUGACUGCUGCUGACACUGUGAUCUUCUAUGACAGUGACUGGAACCCUACAGUGGACCAGCAGGCUAUGGACAGAGCUCACCGCCUGGGUCAGACCAAGCAGGUCACUGUGUACCGUCUGAUCUGUCAGCUCACUAUAGAGGAGAGGAUACUGCAGAGGGCCAAGGAGAAGAGUGAGAUCCAGAGGAUGGUGAUCUCUGGGGGGAACUUUAAACCAGACACCCUGAAGCCUAAAGAGGUGGUCAGUCUGCUGCUGGACGACGAGGAGCUGGAGAAGAGACUGCGUGUUCGUCAGGAAGAGAAGAGACAACAGGAGGAGUGCAGCAAGGUGAAGGACCGCAGGAGAAAGAGAGAGAAAUAUGCUGACAAGAGAAAGAAGGACGACGAGGACCCUAAGGAUCCUAAGAGGAGGAAAGACGUGAACCUGGUCAUCCCUUACAACCUGUCUGCGGACAACUCUAACCUCUCAGCCGACGGAGAUGAUUCAUUCAUCAGUGUAGACAUGGACGACUCUGCCAUGCCUAGUCCCUUCAGUGAGAUCUCUCUGAGUAGUGAGCUCCAGCCCAGCUCCUUACCUCCAGACCAGGACCCAGACCAGGACCCAGAUCCAGACCAGGAUGAGAGCAGUAGUGACAUGCUAGUCAUCGUAGACGACCCUGUGUCUUCAGCACCACAGUCCAGGGCCACCAACUCACCUGUCAGCGUGUCUGGAUCCAUGUCGGACAACAUGAACGGUGUGUCUAAUCAGGACACGUCCAGUCCGGGGCGAGGAAGGUCUGGUAGGAGCCGGGGACGACCCAAAGGCUCUGGGUCCAGUUCUGGAGGCGGAGCCAAGUCUGCAGGGAAGGGGCGUGUCAGGAAGUCGACAGCGGGCAGCGCUGCCGCCAUGGCAGGAGCGAUGGCCGGCGCUGCAGCAGCCUCAGCAGCCUACGGAUACAGUGUGACUAAAGCAGGUCUCCCUGCAGCCUCCCCCCUUCAGCCGUCUCUGGGUCGGUCAGGGACGGCCCCAGCCUUCUCCCCCAGCAGCAGUUCCUCUCCCAAGGGGAAAGGUGGCACUGUGGCCCCCAGCCAGAGUGACCCCCAGCAGAAACAACCAGGACAUAGCCACCACCACAGUCAUGGACAUGUGACAGGAAGGAAGGGCAAGGGACCUGGCGGACCUGGGGCUCGAUAGCAUGUAGAGAUGAUGGACAUCAACACAGUACACACACACACACACACACACACACACACACACACACACACACACACACACACACACACACACACACACACACACACACACACACACAGUCCUAAGGAUCUGAUAGAGGCCAGAAAGAUCCAGCCCUUCUGCUAUUGUGGGAGUCUUCUGUGUUUUAAACCAACACAUCUGCUGCACUGACCAGCUUCAACUGUGAGCCCAUGUGACCUGCUCCACAACCAAUCAACCCAGAGGUGAGAUGUUCCUUAACCAAUCACAUACCUCACUACCUGGAGGACCAUGCUAUCCCAGAAGGCAUAGCGACGUAACAAAUGGGCACUGUCGGGCAUGAUGGACACUAAACUAUUUUGUGUGUACACACACACACACACACAGACCAUCAUCAUCGCAAGGUCCAAAACAGACCCUCAUCGCUUCCACCAAUCACCUCUUCCUUCCAUUAGUACCGUCCUCAGUGGACAGUUUCUGCCUCCAGCGUGUGUGUGUGUGUGUGUGUGUGUGUGUGUGUGUUGUGACCAAGAGUAUUAGAGUAUUUCAAAGUGGUUUCUCUGUGACGAAAAUAGACUUGGUUUUCUGUCUAGUGAAAAGCAACUAGCCUGAGUAGCACCUGUCUGUGCUGUAUUGAGAACUCCCUUUGACACUCUGUGAGUUUGCAAUAAAGCACCAGCAGACAGACAGGCACUCGGGCUUUAAGGCAACACCUUCCAGCAACACCGCAUCCACGCGUUAAGGGCUUCUAACAUAGAGUGCUCUCUCCAAAUGGUGUUCUCCACUGAGCCGUCUCAUCCGUUAGGUAAAACAACUUGUUUAGGAUUAGAUCGGAAUGCUUGCAUCAAACGUUAGGUUUAUGUCAUAUGUUUUAAAACACGUAGUAAUGUUGAACUACUCUUCUCUGCAUUUCAACAACAGAAUGUAAAUUCGUACCAAAACAACUAAAACGGACUGCUUUUUUAAUUAUAGCUCUUAUUUUUAUAUUUAUAGACCAACCGAUGUUGUCAUAGUGACCCAUAUCAAAAAUGGCAAAUUUCAAUACCGUUUUGAAAAAAGCCUCUCUUUCUCCAUAGAGUUUAUCCCAACACAAUGAGAAAUGAAGGAAUUCUAAUAUAUAUAUUUUGUCGGAUGAGAACAGAUUGAAGGGGUAUUUUGUGGUAAAUUGAAUUCCAAAGUGGUGAGCACUGCUUAAUAAAGAUGUGUUGCUGAUCUGUUUGUGUAAAACUCUAGUGUGCUUCUGAAAUGACACCCUGUUCACUAUAUCGUGCCCUACUUUUUGAUUAAACUCGGGCCAAAAGUAGUGCACUAUUUCAGGAAUAGGGAGCCAUUUCCGUUGCAACCUAAUAGGUGUCCUUUAAAACUUAACUUGGAUUGUAAUAUGUACCAUAGAACUGAAGUUAAUUUAAAAGUGGGUAAUAAUUUAUCAGAAUUCAUGUGAACAUUGUAAAAAAAUUUAUUGAUGCCAUUUUUAUUUUUUAAAACAGAAAGAGAAAAAAAAAAGUUAUACUUCUGAUCAGAAUCUUUUGUCUUUGUGAUGUCAUUCAGUGAUGUUUUUGGGUAUGAUGACUCGUGUUAAUUAUAAGUUGUUGGACUAGGGUUGCCAAAUCCUGGUAACUUUCCCACAUUUCCCCGAUUUUUUUAUUUUUUAUUUUAUUUUAAUUUUAUUUAAUUUUGUUUGAUUUUUCCCCCAGAAGUGUCGGUUGGAGGAUUCUCUGAAUUUCUGCUUAGUCAUUCCCUCGUAAUUCCACAUCUUCCAACCAGGAUUUCUAGAAAACCGGGGAAUUUUGGGAAAGUUAGCGUAAUUGUGCAACCCUAUGUGGAACCAAGCACUAUGUCUAGUUUUGAGAGUUUGUUCUGUGUUGGAUACUAUAGUGUGAUGAUGAAAUCUCUUCUCCUAUAACAUGUAAAUAAAAAUUGAGGGCGACAUGUUGACCCCUGGUUGGUUCUUCCCCCAGUUUGCCUGUCUAUUUUUAUAGGUCAUGUGUAAAUAUGAAUACAAAGCUGUCAUUUUACUAACCGGAGAAGCCAAUUCAAAAUAAAAGAUUGAUUAAUCAA